GUCAUACGAGAAACAACGAGAAGAUUCACGUUUCGUGAUAGCGUUUACCUUAUAAAUACAACCACUUGUGUGAAUUACUCAUGCUGUGUUUUUACUAAUGACUAAGAUGUUCCAAAGUUAAAUAUUUCAAAAGUUAGAAGAGGGACAUAGUUUGUAGGGAAAUCUCGAUGUGGAUAGACCUACCUUCAGAGGGAGAAGCUCUGUGUUUUCUACCGGAUUCGAUCGAUUGAUCUACCGACGGAAACAAUAAUAUUUAUUCACAGUGUCUGCAAAGUCCACUUGUCGCCAUUUUGACACUGACAGUGUGUUUUCGUGUGAGUGUUUAUACUACAUACUAGUAAGCUGAUUGUGUAAACUAAAGGUAACUAUUGGGACUGGUUCAGAGAAAUGAAGAUUCACGACUGUUCUGUUUUAACGGAUAUUCCGUUCAGUGACAUAUUUCGUGUGGAGACUCCUCAAUACCACGUUCUGAGUGAACGCGGAAGUGGAUAUUUCUCUGAACGGGUCCCUGCCACUGGGUCUCCAGACGUCAACAGAAGGCGUGGCAGGUCCCGAGAGUUUGUUAUUCCCAUACAGAUUGAGGGGAGGGACGCGCCACAAAACCAACAACCACUGAUAGAUCUGACGGAGGAUUAUAACUACAUUCCUAGUCCAAACAGAAAUAAUAAUGGAGUAAAUAAUCGUUCAAGGAACCGGAGAAGAGCUCAGACAAGUUCUCCAAGCCAAAGAAGCACCAGCCAUGUAGGCGCCAAAUCUAGUGAAGACAAUUUUGCAGCAAGUUUUCCAGUUUCACAAGGAGCUCAAUCAUCAGCGAGAGAUCGAUUUUCAGAUGCCAUGCAAGGUUCAUCCCAGCAGCCUCACCCAUCAGAUUCACAUUUGUCAGAUGAAUUAAUUGAUUUGUGCAUGUAUGAUGACUUAGCAUGCGAUUCUGCAUCAGAUGUGUAUAUCACUGAGAGCUAUAAUAGAACCUUCUUUGCUGAGUCGAGGCCAACUGCCUCCCACAGUGACAGAGUUCUGGCAAACCAAGUAGAAACCCCUUCAAGAGGGAAACAAGAUUCAGUUAAAAGCGUAACUCCAACACCAAGCUACCCGGUGUAUCGAUACCUCAAAUCCAAACUUGCAUCAGACGGACGCCAGAUUGAUUACAUUCGUGGGGAUGGCAACUGUUUUUUCAGAGCUCUCAGUAAAGAAAUUUAUGAUUCAGAAGAAUUCCAUGAAGAUGUGCGUCAAGCAGUAGUAGACUUGGUGGAAAAGUUCCCUCGAGAAUUCGAACAAUUUCUGGAUACAGGCACACAGAUGCCUGAUCAUAUCAAAGAAAUGAGAAAGACAUCAACUUGGGCCUCAUCAGCUGAAAUAUAUGCUGCAGCUACACUCCUUCAGCGAGAUAUUUACGUCUUGUCUCCAGAUCAUUCUGGUGAUGCUUACAACUGGAUGCUGUUCAAGCCCCGAUUCACCUACACCAGGGACACAUCCUACCAUCCAUGUUUCAUCACCCUGUGUCACACCCACGGCAAUCAUUACGACAGGAUCACACCUAACCAUGGAAAGUGUAACUGUGAUUAUGAACCCCCAGCUCUGUCAGGAGUUAGUGCCUAUGUGGAUUUAACUGGAAAGGACUGCUAAGGUAUCCAGUCACCAUGCACAGUUUGUUUUGUUCAUUGUGUAUAACAUUUUGAAAAGAUUUAGUUUGUGGAUUUUCUAAAACAUAAUAUAUUUCAUGCUGUCAGUAAUUAUAAUUUGUCAGAUAUUUCCUGCCACACUUUACCAUGUUUACUUUUUGUCAAAAGUUUCCUAUUUUAGUGUUAAAUAUGAUUUCAUUACAAGUGCUUUUCUUGAUUUAUACAUCAGUUUUGUAUUGUAUAAUGCCCGUACAAUGAACUUAUCAUUGUAUUACCAAUGUUGAUUACAUGUCAGUUGUAAAUAAUCUUUAAGUAUAUCAGUAUUACCAUGUGUCUUUCACUGAAUAAUUGUCAUGUGAGAUGUUAGUAUCAUGACACAAUUCAUAUGAAGAGUGCCUAUUGUUGAGAUUGAGAAAUCCACACACAUUUUAUACAACCAUGAUGUAUCCCGACACAGCCAUGGAUAAAUGAACAUAUCUGGUCAACACUGGUUUUCUGCAGCCCAACAUAAAUAGCAGUGUUUGAAUCUAACAUGUAGUCUCUGAAAAUAUAUGACUUUGAUCAUAUGGUGGAAACAAUUUUAUUUCCUUUGGUAGAUAAAGAACAUAUGAAAUAUUGUUUUGUUUUUAGUUAGAUCAUUGCACUUCUGUAUAGGGUAGAUGGAAGGGAAGAUGAUACUGAUAAGGGAUACAGACUAGAAACCACCCAAAUGUUCUUAAGUAUGAAAAGUAGGAUGUUAAUACCAGUAAUAUCAGUUAAUCUUUUACCAUGUUUGGAUGACCCGUGAAGAUCCAGGGUUAGAAUUGAUCUUCAGUAACCCGUGCUUGUCGUAAGAGGCGUUCGGGUGGUCAGACUGGCUGACUUGGUUGACACAUGUCAAUGUCGAAUCUCAAUUGCGUAGAUUGCUGUUGAUCACUGGAUUGUCUGGUCUAGACUUAAUGUUUUACAGACCACCGCCAUAUAGAUGUAAUAUUGCUGAGUGUGGCGUAAAACUAAACUCAUACCAUCCCAUACAAACAGAAGUCAUGUGUCAGUUGGAGGUAUUUACUACAAGCUUUUUAGAUUUCAAGGUGACAUUAUUUGCUGUAAUCCACCACCAUGUUCAAAGCGUGAGGUAGAUACAAACCUUCUACAUGAUGAUCUGUGAUACUAUUCCACAGCUAUGCUGAUACCUGGCUUCACUUUAUCAAGGUCAAAUCAAAAGUGCCAAAUUUCUAUUGACAUGUUCAAGUAAAUAAAUGUGUUAUUGUUUA